AUGGGCAAAUUACCCGGUCUUGUCAAUUACUCUGAUGAAGAAGAUCAAUCGUCCUCUUCUUCUGAUGAAGCCAUUCAACAACAACCAACUAAACCAGUAUCGCCAUCACAAAAGACAGACGACCGAUCAAUACAACAAAAUCAUACAGACAUGCCUUCUACACCUGAAACGACUUUACCGACCAUCUUGGCUAGUGAUCGAUCUACACGAUUAAAAACGAUUCUUACACCAGCACCUAUUCCUGGCAUCGACAAUUGGGGUAUACCAUCUGAACCUGACGAUAAAGUAGAUCCAGAUCGAUUGGAAAAGAUCCAACAUUUUUUAUCAUUACGACAAUCCGGCCAUCGACUAAACGACCAUUUACAACGCAACAAAGCCUUCCGGAAUCCACGGAUUUAUGCGAAAUUGGUAGAAUUUGUAGAUUUAGAUGAAACAGGAAGCAACUUUCCCCCAGAUCAAUUUGAUCCCAAAGGAUUUCCUGCUUCUUCCUAUAUUGAUGGUAUUUUGGAAACACAACGUCGAUUGGCAGAAGAAAAAGCACAACAACAACAACAACAAGGUCGAUCUCAAAUCGCUUUUGUCCCAUCCAAACCAUCAACAACAGUGGACACUUCCGCCAAACUUGCUGCUGCCAUGGCCAAUGCUGCGAAAAUCGCCAACAAGAUC